UUAUUAAGAAUAAAUGCUUGCUAAUGGUUAACCUAGUAAAGGAACAAAUAAAAUAAUCUACAAUAAAUGCCAAAAUAUCUUAAGGCGAUACAAUCGGCUUUCGCUGAGCGCCAACAGGCAAAGGCAGCCAAUCAGCUUUCGCUGGACGCCCUCAAACAGCCAAUCAGCUUUUCGCUGCUCAGCGUGCAGGCAAAUCUCCCGCCCCCGGCGCUCAGUCUGAGGCGGAGAGCGGAGAGUGCAGAGCUUUGCUGUUUGCUGUUGAAUUCCUUUAACUCCACUUCUGUUACGGGUGUUGUGCGUCUAUUCAAAUGUAGCUCCUCCUCCUCCAGUGAAGCUCCUCCUCCUCCAGUUCAGCUGUAAACACUGGAAUAUUCCCAUCAGGCUCCAGUGAAGAGUUGAUUGAAGGACAGCGAGAACAUGAGUGAUCCAGAACCCUGCAGAAUUAAACAUGAAGACACUGAACAACAAAUAGACCAAAUUGACGAGAAUAAAGAGAUUAAAGAGGAGGAACAUCUUGUCAAAAUUGAGGACAAAACUCAUUUACAGACUGAUGGUAUUAAGAGAAAGAAAAACUAUUUCAUCUGCACCCAGUGUGGAAAGAGUUGGGAAGAAAAAGCCAGUCUUGAAAUUCACAUGAGGAUUCACACUGGAGAGAAACCAUUCACAUGCACUCAGUGUGAGAAGAGUUUCAGUCAAUUAUCACACCUUAAUAAACACAAGAGGAGCCAUACUGGAGAGAAACCAUACACAUGCACUCAGUGUGGGAGGAGUUUCAGCAGCUCAUCAAACCUUAAUGUACACAUGAGGAUCCACACUGGAGAGAAACCAUUCACAUGCACUCAAUGUGGGAAGACUUUCAGCCAGUUAUCUCACCUUAAUAAACACAUGAUGAGCCACACUGGAGAGAGACCAUUCACCUGCACUCAUUGUGGGAAGAGUUUGAGCAGCUCAUCAAACCUUAAACAACACAUGAAGAUCCACACUGGAGAAAAACCAUUCACGUGCACUCGGUGUGGGAGGAGUUUCAGCCAAUUAUCACACCUUAAUAAACACGUGAUGGUCCACACUGGUGUGAGAGAGUUCAUGUGCUCGGAGUGUGAGAAGACUUUUAUUACAGCAGAAGGAUUGAAACGGCACCAGAGGAUUCACACUGUAGAGAAACCUAAGCCAUGAUCAGUGUCUGAGUAUCACUCACUCGGCACAGCUUAGUGGAUAUAAAGCUGCACACAUGACAUAAGUACAGCAAACAUUUUGUGUGGAAAGGAUGUGUCAUGUCUGAAUAAUGUUUGAAAAGGCUGAGUGAUGGUAAAGGGCAGGGAUCACCAAACUUGUUCCUGGGGGGCCAGUGUCCUGCAGAUUUUAGCUCCAACCCUAAUCAAACACACCUAAGCUAAUCAAGGUCUUACUUGGUAUACUUGAAACACUCAGGCAGGUGUGUUGAGGCAAGUUGGUGCUAAACCCUGCAGGGCAGCGGACCUCCUGGAAGCACCGGACCCCUGCUAUAGUGUUUUCCAACACUUGUAAAUGUGUUGUGCUGCUCAUGUGUACCAAUAAACACAAUGAUGGCAGCUAAGAAAGAACAGGGUCGUAAACAUUUGGCAAACAGCACCAGGGCUGCAGAAUCCUGCAUUUGUUCUGUUUUGAAGUGAGGAACGGGAUGUCCCUGGUGCUGCUGUUUACUUGUUAUCCAGCUUGACAAGCAAGACAAAGAAACCACACCUCAAAGAAGGCGGAGCUCCUGGAGACGCCCACUGAUUGCAUUAUCACCACAGGCCAAUAGGAGCUCAAAGGUGUUUAGGAGCCAAAACCAAUUUUCCCUAAAAUUUUAGCAAGCUGUUUCUAACUGCUUAAAUGAACUCAA